CAUGCUUUGAUAUAGAAAUGCUAUUCCAACGGGGCACAGCGUCUCAUCAGCUAGGCUAGCUUGUUGGAGUGGAAAAAUAACUGGCUGCUGGCUAGGGGUCUAGAUAUCAUUUGUGUGCAUCAACUCUCAGCUUGGGUGACGGUUCUACACAUUAAAUCUUUCCGAAAGGAAAUAAGAAAAGGUGGCCAUCGGCAAUCAGGUCAACAGAGACGUAUCAGAGCCCUUGAAGUUCUCAGCUUUGAUGCAGUACAGUGUACCUAGUGCAAGAUGACGGAAGAGGUGAUUGUCAUCGCCAAGUUUGACUACAUGGCUCAGCAGGACCAGGAGCUGGACAUCAAGAAAAACGAGCGCCUCUGGCUCCUCGACGACUCCAAGUCCUGGUGGAGGGUUCGAAAUGCCACCAACAAAACAGGCUUUGUGCCGUCCAACUACGUGGAGAGGAAAAACAGUGCCAGGAAAGCUUCUAUUGUCAAGAACCUCAAAGACACACUUGGAAUUGGGAAGGUGAAGGGCAGAAAGGGUGUGGGGAGAGACACAGCGUCCAAUGCCGACACAGAUAUGUAUGCAGAUAACGGCGAGCGGCUGUACGACCUCAACCUGCCCGCCUUGGUCAAGUUCAGCUACUCAGCUGAGCGUGAGGACGAGCUCUCUCUGGUGAAAGGCACACGGGUGGUGGUGAUGGAGAAGUGCAGCGAUGGCUGGUGGCGUGGCAGCUACAAUGGACGAUCGGGCUGGUUUCCGUCCAACUAUGUAACGGAGGACGUGGAUGGGACGGCGGGGGGAGGGGGAAUGGGCGGGGUCAGUGAACCGGUCGGCUCGUUGACAGAGAAGCUAGCGGCCGUGGUGAACAGCACCACGAACGGAAACAGGGUGCUGCACACGGUUCAAGCGCUCUACCCCUUCAACUCAGGCAACGACGAGGAGCUGAACUUUGAGAAGGGCGAGGUGAUGGAGGUCGUGGAAAAGCCGGAGAACGACCCGGAGUGGUGGAAGUGCCGCAAAGCGGACGGACAGCUGGGCUUGGUGCCUAAGAACUACGUCACUGUGCUGGACUCCACCUCCCAUAAACCCCCAGCUGGGCUUGCUGGGCCGCCCACACCUGACUGUGACUACAUCUCGCCUUCAGGCAGCGGGCGCUUUGCGGGCAAGGAGUGGUACUACGGAAAGGUGACACGCCACCAGGCAGAGGUGGCGCUCAACCAGAGGGGCGCAGAGGGAGACUUCCUCAUCCGAGACAGCGAGUCAUCGCCAAACGAUUUCUCCAUCUCCCUGAAGGCGCAGAGCAAGAACAAGCAUUUCAAAGUGCAGCUGAAGGAAAACCUUUACUGCAUUGGACAGCGCAAGUUCAACUCUAUGGAAGAGCUUGUUGAACACUACAAAAAAGCCCCCAUCUUCACCAGUGAGCAGGGAGACAAACUGUACCUGAUCAAGGCCUUGGCUGCCUCCUGAUCCCUCUCUGUUACGCACACAUGCACUCUCACACAGACACACACACCUACAUGUUGUUAACUGCAUCCAUAUAAAUAUAUAUACAUACUUACGCAAGAACACACACUAACAUUUAAACUCCAAGCCUGAGGACUUAACACAUCAUCAGGACUUAAAUGCGAGCAUUCCAAGAGGAGGUAUGGAAGCAAAAGCAUGGGAGAGACUCGGAGGAAUGGAGGGUGAGACAAAAUGACUAUGGACUCCUGAGAGUUGACUACAGACCUCUUGGUCGCCUAUUUUAAAUUAUCCAGAUGUGUUAGGUCAUAGGCAAUGCCAUGUAUUUCCACCUUGAUAUCUAUUAGAGUUGCAUUUAGUUUCCUCUUUUUUUGUUUUUGUUGAUAAUAUAUAAUCUUUUAACAGUUUCUUUUUAAAAUGUGAUGAUUUUUUUAAUUAUAUCCAUUACACAACAACCAACCAUAUUAGGCAUUUUUUUUUCCAGAUGUUAGGAGAUUCAGAAUCUAUCUUAGAGAGAUCUACAUUUCAACUCAUUUUUGUGUUGUUUGUCUUAACUCAUUCUUUACGGUUGUGGAUGCACUAAUCCACAACUUCUUGCUAAAUGCUAAUCAUGAAUAAAACUUAAGUGACCAAAAUAUAUUUAUUGAUACAAUUCUAUUAGGAUCAUGGUUGUAGAGAUUGGAAUAUCACAGUGUGCAUCUGUGUGUGAUGGGAAGAUUCCUCUUCUUGUGCAAGGUCAAACUAGAUAUUCAUCUUUCUUUUUGUACUACAGAACUGCUUGUCUCACAUAUUGCUGUAUCCAUAUCAUGUGAAUGUUACAAAGGCGAGGCACCAGAGACAGUGGGGAGCUCAAGGUCCCAUAACUUUGCAUGCAGACGGAGUCGUGUCCUUCACCCUUCGCACCUUCGCUGGAAGAGUGAGAUUGAUGGAGUUUAUCCGUGUGUCUGAAGGUCCUGAAGAGUCGAAAAGUUGAAAUUUGGAGCAGCUCCCGCCGCCCCCCCCCGCCCCCCUAUCCCCCGCACCCUGCCCCUUCAAAAAAAAAUGGCGUGUGAGUGUGACUGACAGCUGAUGCAUCCUCCCAGUGUUGCCAAAGGGGACAUCGCUCUCUGGAGGUGAGGAGGAAGGAGGGCAAGGGGGGUGGGGGUGGGGGAGGGGGGUGGGAUGUACACUGAGCAGUUCUGUGGAAGCUGGUAGGGGAAAUGGAGGGCCAGUCCAGGCAGUCCAGAGGAUGAUGUCACUGCUCUUGAAUUAGUAAUCACUGGAGGGAAUGGAGGAGUUAAAGGUCACCCAGGGGUCGUGUUUGUGUGGUUGCAGAGCAUAUACAUCAAGCUAGGAGACACCCUCUUUCUUAAGCAUGUACAAAGGAUUUUCAGAAAACAAUUCCUUAUGGCUAAGAGCUGCUGGAAGAAAAGAAAACUAUUUUAAAUGCUUUGAUGUUUUCUUUGAUCUGGGCAUUUAUAUCCAUGACGGAUUUAUAAGAGCAAGUUUAAGUGUCUGUAAAGUCUCCGAGUUUGGUGAGCACAGCUUGCUGUAUUGUCAGUGUCAAGGUAGAAUACGUUUUCAGUGCAACACAUGGUUUAUAUUUACUGUAAAGGUUUCUAGUGAAUGGGUAUUUGUGGAACGAAAAAAUGGACCAAGCGGUGUUUGAAUGUCUAAGGGCAGCUAGUACCAGUGCCUGCAGCGUUGGCAGGGAGCUGCACCAGCCGCGGGCUCAGGGAGACGAUGGCGAUGAUGAUGAUGAUCGCAAUGCCUGUAAUGAUGACUUCUCCAGCUGUGGCCAGUUGGAACUGAACGCAGAAAGAGAAAGAGAGAGCAAGAGUAGAAGAGGGAUUUCACAGAGGAGGAAUGGAAAAGUGAACCCUAAGAAAAAAAAAACAAAAGCAGUGAAUUAGGAUCUAGGGAGGAGACUUUGAGAAUCUGUUCCACUGGAUAAGUGUAUCUGGAAUUCCGCUCCCAGUCAUAUUCGGGUGGGGAAAAUGAACGGAGGCCAACGCUGAUGUAUCAUAGUAGAGAAAAAAAUAUUUUGGAUGGGAGUUUUUUGGAAGGGCUUUUUAGGUCUAGUCAAUCCAAGCAUUAAAAAACUGCAGUCAUGCCACACAGAGCACAAAACAUGGGUGUGAACCUUUUUUUCUCUCCAUUCCCCAGGUGACUGAGCUAUUCAUACAAGAGCAGUGUGAUGACAGUGUGUUUUUUGUGUGCUUCGGAGCUGUAAAAGAUUAAUUAUAAACAGAGAAACAAUUACCUUUCAAUUUGAUUUAUGAUGGCAAGUUAAAAUGGCAAGUUAUAAUUUUACAUCUACUGCACUGCUACUGGUCAAAAUCUUAAUUUAACUGUAAUUAUUCUACAAGAGAAACAGUUUAUACAUUAGAAAAAGCAACAUUCCAAGAUGAAAGCUUCUGUUAGGAUUGAACAAAUUUCUGUCUAUGUGCAUCUUUUUUUUUUUGUGUUAAUUUUAGGUUCUAAAUCUAUGAAGAUUUAUUUCAAUUUCACAUACUACCAUCAUUUCAACAUGUGUAGGAUAUUUGUACCUGAUUUCCCACUUAAGUUUCUGUAUGUGACUGUGUUACCAGUUGCCAGAUAAGUACUUGGGUUACAGGAAUCCUGUUACAUGUCACUUUAAACACACAACCCCUAGCUGUUGUAUUGGUGCCACAUUGCUGACACUUUGUGCAAGAUAGUUUGCCUGCAGUUGUAAUAAACUGCUGUCAGCAACCCUUUUUUUUUUUUUUUUUUUGUGCGGGCGUGUGUGUGAGAAAUUUCCUCCCCGACUUCCAUUUCUACAGAAUCUGCAAUAUUACGCAGCAUUAAAGUGACAAACGCCAACGCAAUGUGCCCCAGUUAGAAGGAUUUAGGAUGAGAUUUUAAUGUGCCUUCACAGCUUUCUGUCAACCAAAGGUUUAGUGUCCCCUUUUUUUUCUUUAUCCAGUUCUUCCCACUUGUCAGUGCUGUGUGCUAUUUGGUUAAAGCUUUGCAUGUGCAUCAGUUGAGUCUGAUCAGUGAGCGAUGUGUUGGGGUGUUUGAAAACAUCCUUGUAGAGAAGGGUAUUUCCUCAUUCAACGCUCACUUUCUUGACGUAGGUUGAACAUGUCAGUCUGUUUUUUUGGUCAUGCAUAAAAUGCCCAUUAGUUGAUAUUGUGUGUAGUUUCAAGUGACCUUACUGUAGCUGAUCUCAUCAAGUAUAACUUCUUUAUGUACAGUAUAAAAAUAUGUGCUGAUGUUAUUUCAGAAACAUAACCCCAGGUGUGAUGUAAUCAUGACCUGAAUCUCAUGUAUGAGCACCUCAAGUAACGGUAUCACAUAUUGUUGGUUGUGAAGAAACUGUCAUGGUUUCCAAGGAAAUAGUUUUUUAUGUCUGUAUGUAUUUCAUAUAAGACUAGUGUAAGACAUUCACUUUUGCAGUUUAGCCACUUAAAUAUGUAAAAAAAAAAAACAUCCUCAAUACUUAAAUGUGUUACUUGAUAUACAAAUACAAAACUACAGUAUCUCCCUGCAUAGAUAUUGUUAUAAACUGGGAUCUUUUCAUUUUACAACAAUGAAGGCUGCAUGAGCCGAGCCUUGUAGCUGUACAGAAAUGGUUCUAAAUCUGCUUAAAAGACAUUGAAGUCAGUUGUGACAGAUAUUAUCAAGAGAUUGUUUAUCAAACUAUUUUUCAUGAUCAAGAACUACAGCGCAGCUGGAACUCUUUAUUUCCCGUCUGCUUAACAAGCCUGAGAGAAUCUUGAAUCUUAAGAUUGAUUUUUUGAUAAUAUUCAGAACAAAUGGCCCAUGUUUAACUUUGGUGCUUUUGUGCUGCUUACAUUUCUAUGGUGUUCUUUGUCUCACAAAGCUUUGUUCUGUAUGAGAGAGAGUGAAGAUCCAUGCUGUGGAAUGGUAAAGGCAGUGCUGUGAAAAUUUAAUGUCAUGCUCUUAAUACUGUUCUUAUGGAGGGGAGACUGUUUUCAGGUGUAAUAAUUUAGAAGAGUUUAUUAGAGUGUUUGAAAGAUGUAAUAAACAACACAAAACUUA